AUGGCCAAUGGAUCUGCGGAGAUGGUACCGUGGCUACUCCCUGCUGCGGAAAAGGCCCAUGCGAUGCCUUCUGUUGCAAUUGUGAUUGCCGAACUCACGAGCUCCAGGAAGCGAGACCUACCAUUUUUAAUGGAGCGGGCUGAUAAAAUCGACAGUCUGUUCCAGUCAGUCGACGACGACAGUUCAGGCGACUUGGAUUUGGGCGAGUAUAUUGCAUGGGUGACUGAGCAUCUGGGCCGCGCACAUCCAGUAUCGCCCAGCUUGUACCAAUCCUACAUCGACCAUUUUUAUUCGUUUGAUACGGAUAAGAAUAGCAAGCUUGAUCUAGGUGAGGUUCAGGCUGUAAAGUAA